GCGUUGCUUUUAACAAAGCUACUGUUUAAAAUGUAAAUUAAUGAGAUAGUUUCAUCACUUGAAAUACCCAUUGAAAACUGAAAUAAUUAUUCCAAAUAGAUGUUCAUUUUCAUUUUAAAUAACAUUUGUCUUGCCUGUUGAAGCCUUUUAAAUAAAAUUUGGUUAAAAUGAACGUUACAAAAGCGUUCUGUCUAUAAAUUUUAGACACAGAAAUUAGUAUUUUUGGGGGAGGGAGGAAAAGGCUCAUUCGAACAAGUUUGAAAAUUAUCAACUCCGUAAAAAAUAGAAAUUCCACGAGGCGCAAUAACUCUUUCUUAUGUAUUAAUUUGCGCGGGAACUAUCUACCCAAUCUGUGAUAAAUUUGUGUGAGAAGCCGCGACGCACAUGUACGCAACGCAACGUUGGCGUCGCGGAGCAGGAGGGAAGGGGCGUACGAAGCGAUGUAGGUGAGGGGGUGAAGAGGUGCGGGGUCAUCAGGUGUGCCCCCACCAGUGGCGCGCGCCCCAGGAGAGGAGGCGGCGCCUACGACCGCACGGGCCUCUAUAUAAAAGAGACAAACCCCCCGAUCUGAUUAGCAAAGUUCCAAAACAUACGUAAAAGCACAUUUCAUUCAUAUUUUGAACGAUUAAAGCGCACACGGCGCCACAACGACCGCACGUUACUAACGAAAGUUCAAAAGCCGGCCACGAUAUAUAGCGGUUCGGAAGACGGAUCGAAGAUCGCGACUGAUAAAACGGCGGCAAGAGAAGAAAUAUCUAAUUACAGCUACGCGAAGCGACCCAGCCGUCGUGGAAGCGAUUCAAAUCGGUCGGGUUACGGUUUGAGGAUAGCGAGAAACGACUAUUGACGCGCGGGAUAGGCACGUAUCACAGGAGUAACAGGUGCACGCAGAAACAUCGGUGAACGAAAACGAAGCAAGCAGCCGGCGUGGCAGGGCGGCAGGCAACAGGACACGUAUACCACAAGCACUGUUCAAUUCACAGUAACGAUACAGGGUAGCGGUGGUGUCUUUUGAUACUGUUGGCAGCGGUAGUGGAUCGAGAUCCCAUACAAAGCACGUUCGACUCGUCCAUGCUACCACACAACGUUCACCUUUAAGUCGUUCUCUGUACAAGGGUGGCUUUAUACAUCGAAAUCGGAGCAAAGGGGAGAGUUAUCGAGACGUGAUAAUAUAGGCAACUAAUAACAUCGAAAAAUCACUCGAUUAGUCUCACGCACGACGAAGCCACGCGAACGAGAGGAAAGCUGGGAAACAAUCAACAACGUAGAUCACGUGUCACAAUAAGAAAUCCCCGGGGAAAAAAGGAAAGGGUAGAGAAGACCAGAGGGCGGUAUCGACGACUCGGCGACGAACGCUGGAGGACGCAGACUUGUGGCGGUUCACGACGCGACCUGCCGGCGACGAAACGGUUGACACCACGCACGUUUCGGGUGUGCCUUUCGAGAUGGCCAAUUCCCAGAGAAGGCAGAUGAUGCAGCCAUGGCCCCUGUGCCUAGUGCACAUAUCGAAAACGAAGGAGCGGAGCAUUUUGCCGAAAUACUACACGAAGGUGCCCACGGUGACGAGAUCGACACCGUCCAGCUCGGGUAUCAACCUGGACUGUGCCUCCAACACGACCCUUCUGACGAACGCGAGCCCGUUCAACAGCCAAACCGCCCUCAUCGCGGAGAAGAGGGCCUUUCCAGGCAGCGUAGGCGCCGCUCCAGCCAGUCAUUAUUAUGAACAAAACUUGAGGAACAAUCACCAGAAGGCCCUGAACGGGUCACGCAUUUACGAUCCCCUGGAGAAGGAUCUCGACCACGACUACAAACAAAUAGAUCCACUGUUGGCCGGAGAUCAGCCUCCCUAUUCGGUCACCACGAAAUCAAACAUGAGUUCCCAGGACAGCAAGCCGUUGAAGGCCUCGUCCGGCGGCGAUCGACAUAAAUCCUCGUACGAGUUCCAGAGGGAGCCCAAACCGUCGCUUAUGCGGUUCGCCACCCAGGUGCUGGCCGCCCUCUCGGUGUCGAUGGGUUCCAUGGUGGUCGGUUACUCCAGUUCCUUCACAUCUCCGGGCUUGGUGUCCAUGCGGGACAACGCCACGGCCACGUUCGAAGUCACGAAGGAAAUUGGCAUGUGGAUAGGAUCGAUCAUGCCUUUGAGUGCACUGUUCGGAGGUAUAGCUGGUGGCCCGUGCAUCGAGUACCUUGGAAGAAGAAACACCAUCCUGGCCACUGCUUUGCCGUUCAUCGCAGCUUGGCUGUUGAUCGCGCUUGCAACGAACGUAGCGAUGGUCCUGGUUGGUCGAGCUCUUUGCGGCUUUUGCGUUGGCAUUGCCUCGUUGUCGCUGCCAGUAUAUCUGGGGGAAACUAUACAGGCCGAAGUAAGAGGUACCUUAGGCCUAUUACCAACCGCCUUUGGUAACACAGGAAUUCUGGUGUGCUUCGUGGCGGGGAUGUAUAUGAAUUGGCGAAAUCUCGCGUUGCUCGGCGCGAGUCUACCGAUCCCGUUCAUGAUCCUGAUGUUCAUGAUCCCCGAGACUCCCAGGUGGUACAUCUCGAAGGGAAAGACGAAAAGGGCGCGAAAGUCGUUGCAAUGGCUGCGUGGCAAAGACACAGACAUCACCGAGGAAUUGACGGCCGUUGAAAAGCUACACAUCGAGAGCGAGAGGAACGUGUCGCAGGGCGCCUUCAUGGAACUGUUCAAAAAGGGUCACCUGAAACCACUUCUCAUCUCUCUGGGUCUCAUGUUCUUCCAACAGUUGUCAGGAAUCAACGCAGUCAUAUUUUACACCGUACAAAUCUUCAAGGACGCGGGCAGCAGUAUCGACGAGAACCUGUCCACCAUUUUCGUGGGUAUCGUGAACUUCAUCUCGACGUUCGUCGCGGCGGCCGUGAUAGACAAGCUGGGCAGAAAAAUGCUGCUCUACAUAAGCGGCGUCUCGAUGUGCUUGACCCUGUUCACGUUCGGCGCGUUCUUCUACGUGAAGAACGUGGUGGAGGCGAACGUGUCGGAGUUCGGUUGGAUACCGUUGUUGAGUCUGGUCGUUUACGUGAUCGGGUUCUCCCUGGGAUUCGGCCCGAUCCCGUGGCUGAUGAUGGGCGAAAUACUGCCAGUGAAGAUCCGUGGCUCCGCGGCCAGCGUCGCGACAGCCUUCAACUGGACGUGCACGUUCGUCGUGACGAAGACCUACCAGGACAUCGUCUCGGUAUUCGGUACGCACGGCACGUUCUGGAUGUUCGGCGUGAUCGUGCUGGUCGGUUUCGUCUUCGUGAUCUUCUGCGUGCCGGAGACGCGCGGCAGAUCCCUCGAGGAGAUCGAGAAGAGAUUCGCCGGACCGGUGCGAAGAAUGAGCGCGGUCGCAAACAUGAAGCCCAUGCCUAUGGCUUGUUAACCGUUCCUCUACGCGUCGAUGGGCAGCAAAUCCAAUCUGUUCGAUCGGAGGGUAAAUCGCGUCGACCCUUAACGGUCGUUCCACGAUGCCUGUCGAACGACACGUAUAGUUCCUUCUGCUGACAAGGACGCGCGAACGAGACGGUGAAUUCUUCCUGUUGAAACUGGAGUCUGAACGUCCUCGAUUUAUUUUUCUCUCUCACUCCCCCGCCUCCUUCGCCCCCGUCCACGUACAUUUCGUUUUCUGCCCCUGGUAUCGCUCGUACAGGAUCGACAAAACUCGAGACGGCGCGGACCUAACCUGACUCUCGAACGUUCGCCGGUGGGUGGAGGAGGAAGGCGGGACGAGGAGCGUCGUUGUCGGGCGUCUUCCGGUAGUUUGAUUUCCUGUACUUACGAGAAGCAACGUAACGGAUAGUCGAAUGUCUAGCGAGAAUGGUACGAACGAUGAGACGCAAGAUCGACGACGAGACGGAGAGGGGUCGUUGAUGCGUCGCGUCGUAGUCGCAUAUUUUUGUUAUUCGAUAGUUUUACAGGGUCUACCUCAAGUUUUAGUACUUUUACGGAAGGUAUACGCGUAGGUUAAGGACAUGUGCGAAUUAUUUAAUUUAGUAUACGCGUGCGUAGGACGCGAGUACGGCGCACAAGCUGUGUUUACGGGAGAUACGUAUUCGUAUACGCGAAUACGCGUACCGCGUGUAUAGGAAUAUGUGUACAGCGUCGAAGGAGGAAGGACAACGUUCCGCAAAGAACGUGUCCGGAAAGAACGGAUGGUUCUUUACCAUCGCGACAAUAAAUUUAAACGUCGACGAGCCAAACACUUAUUCUUGUGUAUCUCCGUCGAUAACGGCCGUCGGGUUUGUACAUACGUACCGAUAUUACCGAUACGCGUCAACGGACAAUUGCAUCAUCAACGAACGAAUUAAAUCGUAAGAUAUAGUUAAGAAACAGAGAUACCAAAACAACACGCGUCUAUUUUUUCAACGUCGAAACUGUUGUAACUGGCGAGCGAACAAACGUGAUCGUAACAAGAAAAAGAAAAAAAGAAAAAAAAAAAAAAUGCAUGAUCGAUCUGUACCGAGGCACGACGAACGCUUCGUUUAACGUCGUAUGCAUGCGAAAUCCUAGUUGUUUUUUUUUGUAACGCGACGGGGAUACUUACUCGUUUAGUUUCCGUUUCGAUUGGAUCGGAUUGAAUCUCGAUAGCACGUGCGACACCAUCUACCCAUUUUUUUUUCUCUCGUUUGUUUUGUUUUUGUCAUGUAAGUAUGGAUGAAACGAUGUAUAUCGUUGCCACGCCAUUCUGAAUCUCUGCUCUACAAUGGGACAAGAUAGCGUCACGAAACAUUCCUAUUGUACGGUUCAACGUACGAUCUUCGACCAACGACGUCGCGAGCAAUAAGUUUCCGUCGAAAAAUGUGUUUCGUGCGUCAGAGCUCGGAACGCUCGAGUUACCUGCAUUCGAUCGGUAAUGUCAUCCGACUUCAUAUUUUUACCUUUGUAUUACAGUUUCUAUUUAUCCGGCAAUGAUUUGUACCGCGUGCCUUGCGGGCAUAAUGGUGCUUGCCAAAUUUAUCAAAAUUCGAUGGAAAUAUGUUCGAAAACGUAAUACUCGCGUUAAGUUUGUAUGUAAUUUAUAAGUUAUUAAAAUCUAACGUUUAUGACGACAUUACUUCGAUGUUUUUCGUUGUUUCA